AUGACUAACGGUAUUACGACUACUAAUAUAAAACAAAAGCCUGUUGAUGCUAAACAAAAACCAAAAGAAAAUACAACAUUGAAGGUAAAUAAUCUUGAUAAGAUAAAAGGUAUCCCAAAGAGUGGUAGGACAUGGAAGGUUUCCAAAAAACCAUUAAAUCCACAUAGCCAAGUUGUAAAGAAUAAAAAGUUAACUUCAUGGGAAUUGAAGAAACAACAAAGAUCAGAAGAUCAACAGUUUAAGACAAAAUUAAAGGAAUUAAAGGAUGAAAAGGAAAAUGCUCGCAUAACUAAGAUUGAAAGUUUGAAGCACAGAAGACAAAUUAAGGAAGAAAAAGAAAGGUACGAAAUGCUAGCUGCUAAAAUGCAUGCUAAAAAGGUAGAAAGAUUAAGAAGGAGAGAAAAGAGAAACAAAGCUUUAAAAGAACGUUGA